AUGUCGAACAUCAUCGCCACCAAGCGCGUUGACCUCCUCGCCCCCUACAUGGCCCUCGACCAGGGCUCGCAGGUUCAGGCUGAGUACGUCUGGGUUGACGGUGACGGAGGUCUCCGCUGCAAGACCAUGACCCUCGACGAGGCCCCCAAGUCGGUCGCCGACCUCCGCGAGUGGAACUUUGACGGUUCCUCCACCAACCAGGCCCCCGGUGACAACUCGGAUGUCUUCCUCCGCCCUGUCGCCAUCUUCAAGGACCCCUUCCGUGGCGGUGCCAACAUUCUUGUUCUUUGCGAGUGCUACGACAACGACGGCACCCCCAACAAGUCCAACCACCGCGCCCACGCCAAGAAGGUCAUGGACGCUGCCAAGGAGACUGAGCCCUGGUUCGGUCUCGAGCAGGAGUACACUCUCUUCGACUACGACGGCCAGGUCUACGGCUGGCCCAAGAACGGUUUCCCCGGUCCCCAGGGCCCCUACUACUGUGGUGUCGGUGCCGGCAAGGUCUUUGCCCGUGACUUCAUCGAGGCCCACUACCGCGCCUGUCUCUACGCCGGUGUCAAGAUCUCGGGCAUCAACGCCGAGGUCAUGCCUUCGCAGUGGGAGUUCCAGGUCGGCCCUUGUGAGGGUAUCGAGCUCGGUGACCACCUCUGGAUGGCCCGUUUCCUCCUCCUCCGUAUCGGUGAGGAGUGGGGUAUCCGCCCCUCGUUCCACCCCAAGCCCCUCAAGGGCGACUGGAACGGUGCCGGCUGCCACUCGAACUUCUCGACCAAGGCCAUGCGCACGCCCGGCAAGGGUAUGGCCGCCAUCGAGGACGCCAUCAAGAAGCUUGAGAAGCGUCACCUCGAGCACAUGACCGUCUACGGCGAGGACAACGACCAGCGUCUCACUGGCCACCACGAGACCGCCUCGAUGCACACCUUCUCCGCCGGUGUCGCCAACCGCGGUGCCUCCAUCCGUAUCCCCCGCCACGUCGGUGCCAGGGCUACGGCUACCUCGAGGACCGUCGCCCCGCUUCCAACAUUGACCCCUACCGCGGUGAGUACUCAAUCCUAUGCUUCUCUACCCCUCGACCUCAUCUACCCCAUCCACACCCUCCUCCCACUGCCCCUGCGCCCAACGAUCGGCGAGUUUACGAGCAUCCUGGUCGAGACUACAAUUCUCAACGCAUAG